GUACUAAGAAACUGAAAAUGUUUCCUUGAAGUUGCUUCUGUAUUUGCUUUAUCAAUGUCUCUCAUAUUGAAUAUCUUAAGAGAGAUGCUGGAAUAUUUUGGUGUUCCCAUAGACCAGGUUUUGCUGAUUUGGGAAAAUAAAGACUAUGGAUCAACUCGGAGUAUUGUUCGUAUUAUUGGGAAAAUGCUUCCUUUAGAACCUUGUCAAAGACCUAAUUUAGGGCUGAUCCCACUCUUGAACUCUGUAGACUCUGAUCAUUGUGGAUCUGUGGUUCCAUCUUUUGCUGAUAUUUUAUGUGUGGCAAAUGAUGAAGAAGCCAAUGAUCUCAGAUUUCGAAGUAGUAUAUGGAAAAAUGAUGAAGAGGAGAAAAUAGAAUUUUUUCAUCCCUUGCAACUAGUUAGGGACCCAUUGCCACCUGCUCUGAGACAUAAACAACCAGUGAAAACUGAUCUGCCUGUAAAUGAAGCUACGAUGAAAAAAAUAGCUGCCCUUGAAGAUGAACUAACUUUUCUUCGCUCUCAGAUUGCUGCAAUUGUGGAAAUGCGGGAACUGAAAAACGGUAUAAAUCCUGGCUCCUUUGACUUGAGUGAUGGGCCUGUUGCUUUGGGACAGAUGCUAUCACAGGCGGCUGCUCAACUGAAUGUGCAUCCUGACUCGCUUCCAGGCUUGGUGCUCUCAUCUCCUCCUCCUCCACCACCACUUCCUCCUCAGUUUUCUUCUCUCCAGCCUCCGUGUUUUACUCCCAUACAACCAGGACCUACUAAUAUUUGUGACUCGGAUAAUCCAGCUAUUGAAAUGAACAAACAGCACCCACGUGCUAGUAAGACCAAUUAUAGUCAUCAUUCAAGCCAGAGAAAUAAAGAUGUUCCAAACAUGUUGGACGUUCUAAAGGAUAUGAAUAAGGUUAAGCUUCGUGCAAUUGAUCGGUCACCAGGCGGUAGACCCAUUUGUAACAGGAAAAGACAAAGUUUACAUUGGGACCCAGUGUCUAUAAUAUCUCAUGCACUUAAGCAGAAAUUUGCAUUCCAAGAAGAUGAUUCCUUUGAGAAAGAAAAUAAAUCUUGGGAGUCUUCCCCAUUUUCUAGUCCAGAAACUUCAAGGUUUGGGCAUCACAUUUCACAGUGAGGAGGACAGUGAACUAAGGAAGAACUGAGAAACACAAAAGCUGUUGACUAAAGUAUCAGCAGCAAAAGCUGUGUCCACACUUUGAAGGAAAGACU